UUCUCUUUCCAGGUUAGCCUGAAUGAUUCUCACAAUCAAAUGGUCGUUCACUGGGCUGGGGAGAAGAGCGAUGUGAUUGUAGCUCUGGCCAGGGACAGCUUAGCAUUACCGGGUCCCAAAUUUAGUGAUGUUUAUGUCUCCUAUGACUAUGGGAAGACGUUCAAAAAGAUAUCAGAAAAAUUCAGUUUUGGGCCGGGGAACUCCAGCCGAGCCGUGAUCGCUCAGUUCUACCACAGUCCGGCCGACAAUAAGAGGUAUAUCUUUGUCGAUGCGUUUUCCCAGUACCUCUGGCUCACGAUGGACUUCUGUACCACCAUUCAAGGCUUCCCAAUUCCAUUCAAAGCCGCAGACCUGCUUCUGCACAGCCAGCUCCCCGGUCUUGUUCUGGGAUACGACCGAUCCCAUCCCAACAAACAGCUCUGGAAAUCGGAUGAUUUUGGGCAAACCUGGAUUAUGAUUCAUGAACAUGUGAAGUCUUUCGCUUGGGGUGUUGAGCCGUAUGACAAGCCAAAUACAAUUUAUAUCGAGCGGCAUGAACCUACCUUGUCCUCGACGGUCCUCCGCAGUACAGAUUUCUUCCAGACCCGGGAAAAUAAAGAGAUUUUGCUGGAAGAGGUCGAAGACUUCCAGCUCAGGGACAAAUAUCUCUUUGCGACAAAAUCUGGGCCUCUUUUAGGUGAUCAACAGCAAACUUCUGUUCAGCUCUGGGUGUCUUUUAACCGGAAGCCGAUGCAGGCUGCACAGUUUGUAACAAGGCACCCCAUUAAGGAGUAUUAUAUUGCAGACACUUCCGAAGACCAGGUGUUUGUGUGCGUCAGUUAUAGCAACAACAGCACCAGCCUCUAUAUCUCUGAAGCCGAAGGUCUUCGCUUUUCGCUGACUUUGGAAAACAUCUUGUAUUACAGUCCUGGCGGAGCAGGGAGUGACACCUUAGUAAGAUACUUCGCAAGCGAGCCUUUUGCAGACUUCCACCGCGUUGAGGGCAUUCCGGGGGUCUAUAUCACCACCCUGAUCAACGGCUCGUUCAGCGACGAGAACAUGCGCUCGGUCAUCACCUUCGACAAAGGUGGGACUUGGGAAUUUCUCCAGCCUCCAGAGUAUACUCACUAUGGCGAAAAGAUAAAUUGUGAGCUUUCUUUGGGUUGUUCCCUUCACUUGGCCCAACGACUGAGCCAGCUCCUCAACUUCCAGUUGCGCAGGAUGCCCAUCUUAUCCAAAGAAUCUGCUCCAGGGCUGAUCAUUGCAACAGGUUCUGUGGGGAAGAACAUGGCGAGUAAAAUGAAUGUGUACAUUUCCAGCAGUGCUGGUGUCAGAUGGCAGGAGGUCCUGUCCGGGCCCCAUUAUUAUUCUUGGGGAGACCACGGAGGCAUCCUCAUGGCCGUGGCGCAGGGGGCAGAAACCAACCAGCUGAAGUACAGCACGAACGAAGGAGAAACCUGGAAAACCUUCACGUUCUCGGAAAAGCCUGUCUUUGUUUAUGGCCUGUUGACAGAACCUGGGGAAAAAAGCACCAUCUUUACUAUCUUUGGAUCCUACAAAGAAAAUGGGCACAGUUGGCUGAUUCUGCAGAUCAAUACCACUGAUGUCCUCGGGGUGCCUUGUACGGAAAAUGAUUAUAAGCUGUGGUCCCCCUCCGAUGAACGUGGGAAUGAGUGUCUCCUGGGGCACAAGACGGUCUUCAAAAGGCGAACUCCUCAUGCCACUUGCUUCAACGGGGAAGAUUUUGAUCGGCCAUUCCUGGUCUCCAAUUGUUCUUGCACGAGGGAAGACUAUGAAUGCGAUUUCGGCUUCAAGCUAAGCGAGGACCUGUCGUUAGAAGUGUGCAUUCCGGAUCCUGAGUUUGGCGGCAGAUCUUUUUCUCCUCUGGUGCCAUGCCCGGUUGGAUCAACUUACAAGAAGACACGGGGUUACCGCAAGAUAUCAGGGGACACGUGUUCUGGGGGUGACAUAGAGGCCCGGUUAGAAGGGGAAUCUGUACCCUGUCCAUUAGCAGAGGAGAAUGAGUUCAUCUUGUACUCGACAAGGUACGCCAUCCACCGGUACGAUCUCUCCUCUGGUCUCAGUGAAGAGUUGCCUCUGACCGGGCUGCGUGGGGCUGUGGCCCUUGACUUUGAUUACAACCAUAACUGCCUAUACUGGGCUGAUGUGACUCUUGACAUUAUCCAGCGCCUGUGUCUCAACGGAAGUUCUGGGCAGGAAGUUAUCAUUGGCACUGGCCUGGAGACUGUUGAAGCGUUGGCCUUCGAACCCAUCAGUCAGCUGCUCUACUGGGUGAAUGCCGGCAUUCCCAAAAUUGAGGUUGCCAACCCAGACGGGGACUUGCGUCUUACCAUUUUAAACUCCUCAGUCCUUGAGCGACCCCGGGCCCUAACUCUGGUGCCCAAAGAAGGACUGAUGUUCUGGACAGACUGGGGGGAUUUCCGGCCUGGUAUUUAUCGAAGUGAAAUGGAUGGCUCCUCUGCUUCUUGCAUUGUCUCCGAGGGAGUGAAGUGGCCAAAUGGGAUUUCAGUGGAUGAUCAUUGGAUCUACUGGACGGAGGCCUACAUGGACAGGAUUGAGAGGGUUGACUUCAACGGCAUGCAGAGAUCAGUCAUCUUGGAUAGUCUUCCCCACCCCUAUGCAAUUGCUGUGUUUAAGAAUGAAAUCUAUUGGAAUGAUUGGUCGCAAUUGAGCAUUUUCAGAGCCUCCAAGCAUAAUGGGGCCAGAAUGGAGACACUGGUUGACCAUCUGAAUGGUGUGAUGGACAUGAAAAUCUUCUACCAUGGAAAGACCGCAGGAGAGAAUGCGUGCAUGGACAAGCCGUGCAGCCUGCUGUGUUUGCCCAGGGCUAACAAUAACCAGAGCUGCAGAUGCCCCGACGGGGUCUCCAGCCAUAUGCUUUCAUCAGGGGAGGUGAGAUGCGAUUGUCCACCCAACUAUCACUUGAAGAAUGGCACCUGCGUCAAAGAAGAAAACACCUGUCUCUCCAACCAGUACAGAUGCUCAAAUGGGAACUGCAUUAAUAACAUCUGGAAAUGUGACAAUGACAAUGACUGUGGGGACAUGAGUGAUGAAAAGAACUGCCCAACAACUGUGUGUGACCCUGACACCCAAUUCCGCUGCCAUGAAUCAGGGACCUGUGUCCCCCUGUCUUAUAAGUGUGACCUGGAGGAUGAUUGUGGAGACAGUAGCGAUGAGAACCACUGUGAAGCCCACCAGUGUCAGAACGAUGAGUUCAGCUGCAAUUCGGGGAUGUGCAUCCGCCUCUCGUGGAAAUGUGACGGUGACAAUGACUGCCGGGAUUGGUCAGAUGAAGCAAACUGCACUGCUGUUUAUCAUACUUGUGAAGCCUCCAGUUUCCGUUGCCAAAAUGGGCAUUGCAUCCCCCAGAGAUGGGCCUGUGAUGGGGACACUGAUUGUCAAGAUGGAACAGAUGAGGACCCCAUCAAUUGUGAGAGGAAAUGCAAUGGUUUCCAGUGCUCGACUGGGAUGUGCAUCCCUUCUAGCAAGCGCUGCAAUGGGGCACAGGACUGCCCCGAUGGCUCAGAUGAACAACACUGUGAAUCCCUCUGUACACGCUACAUGGAUUUCAUGUGCAAGAACCGUCAACAGUGUCUGCUGCGCUCCAUGGUGUGCGAUGGCACGGUGCACUGCCGAGAUGGUUCAGAUGAAGACCCCUCCUAUGCCGGGUGCUCCCAAGACCCUGAGUUCCAUCGCACUUGUGACCAGUUCAGCUUCCAGUGUCAGAACGGCGUGUGUGUCAGCUUGGUGUGGAAGUGUGAUGGCACCGAUGACUGUGGAGAUUACUCUGACGAGGCAAACUGUGAAAACCCAACCGAAGCCCCGAACUGUUCUCGCUAUUACCAGUUCCAGUGUGACAAUGGGCACUGCAUUCCGAACCGAUGGAAGUGUGACAAAGAAAAUGAUUGUGGUGAUUGGUCUGAUGAGAAGUCAUGUGGUGGCUCUGCGGUCAUCCCCAUUACCACAGCGGUUCCUGCCACGUGUGCCCCAAAUCACUUCCGGUGUAAUAGUGGGACUUGCAUCAUGAACAGCUGGGUCUGCGAUGGAUACCGGGACUGUGCAGAUGGAUCAGAUGAGGAGGCCUGUCCCACCGCACCCAUUGGUGCAACUUCGACAUCAGCCAGCAUCCUUGGACGGUGCAGCCGGUUUGAGUUUGAGUGCCAGCGGACGAAGAAGUGUGUUCCCAACUGGAAACGCUGCGAUGGCUUGAAGGAUUGCCAGGACGGCACAGAUGAACUCAACUGCCCGACUCACAGCACCUUGCUAUGCCCUAGUGGAUUUAAAUGCGAAGACGGAGAGGCUUGCAUCAUGAAGGCAGAACGAUGUGAUGGUUUCCUAGACUGUCCAGACAGCAGUGAUGAAAGGAAUUGUACUGAUGAUACUCUUGUCUAUAAGGUUCAGAACCUGCAAUGGACAGCCGACUUUUUGGGCAACAUCACUUUAUCCUGGGCUCAGCCAAAGAAGAUGCCUCUUGCUUCCUGUGUCUACAAUAUCUAUUACAGGAUGGUGGGAGAAAGCAUAUGGAAAUCUGUUGAAACUCACAGCAACAAAACCAACAGCAUCUUGAAAGUCCUGAAGCCGGAUUGCACGUACCAGGUCAAAGUUCAAGUCCAGUGCCUGAGCAAAGUGUACAAUACCAACGAUUUCAUAGUCUUACGGACUCCGGAAGGACUUCCAGAUCCCCCCCGCCAUCUUCAGUUGCAGCUGAAGAAAGAAGCUGAAGGCACUGUGGCUUGCCAGUGGGCCCCUCCAGCAAAUGCCCAUGGGCUGAUCAGAGAAUAUGUUGUGGAAUACAGCAGAACCGGAUCAAAGGAAUGGUCUUCCAUGAGGGCGCCCACUAACUAUUCAGAAAUUGAGAUGUUGCAGGUCAACGCCUUAUAUGUUUUCAGAGUUGCUGCAGUAACAAGCCGCGGAGUGGGAAAUUGGAGCGAUUCCAAAUCCAUACGAACUAUAAAAGGCAAAGUUAUUCCUCCUCCUACUAUCCAUAUUGAUAGUUAUGAUGAAAACUCAAUAAGCUUUACCCUCAGACUAGAAGCUAAUAUUCAGGUGAACGGCUACGCUGUGAAAAUUUUCUGGACUUUUGACACCCACAGGCAAGAGAAAAGAUCAUUCUUCAUAGAUGGGGGAAAGUCAGCGCAAACAGUGAGGAACUUGACUGCUCAGACACCAUAUGAAAUUUCUGCCUGGGCCAAGACGGAACUGGGUGACAGCCCCCUCUCCUUUGCACAUGUGGUGACACGCGGUACGAGGCCAUCCCCACCCAGCCUGAAAGCCAAAGCUGUCAACCAGACAGCUGUGGAGUGCAACUGGAGUGGUCCAAGGAAUGUGCUGUAUGGCAUAUUUUAUGCCACCUCUUUCUUGGAACUCUACCGUAAUCCUAGCAAUGCAACUACCGCUCUACACAACAUUACUGUGAUUGUUAACAGGGAUGAGCAGUACUUAUUCCUGGUGCGAGUUAUUUCUCCAUACCAAGGACCACCAUCGGAUUACAUUGUUGUGAAGAUGAUUCCUGACAAUCGCCUUCCCCCUCGACACCUUCACUCUGUCCACCUGGCAAAAACAUUUGCCAUCAUUAAGUGGGAGUCACCUUACGAUUCCCCCGACCAAGAUAUGUUGUACGCUGUGGCUGUGAAAGAUUUAAUAAGAAAGACAGAUCGCAUCUAUAAGGUGAAAACGCGAAACAGCACGGUGGAAUAUACCAUCAAAAAAUUGGACCCGGGUGGAAAGUACCACAUCAUUAUACAGCUAGGAAACAUGAGCAAAGAAGCCAGCUUGAAAAUUAACACAGUUUCCCUGGCUGCACCGGAUGCCUUAAAGAUUAUACCAGAAAACAACCACAUCUUGUUGUUUUGGAAGAGUUUAGCCUUGAAAGAAAGCCAGUUUAAUGAAAGUCGGGGGUAUGAGGUCCACAUGUUUGACAGUGGGACCAACACCACAACAUAUCUGGGGAACACUACUGAGAAUGUCUUCAAAGUUUCCCACCUGAAGGCUGGCCACAAUUACUCAUUCACGGUGCAAGCAAGAUGUCUGUACAGUGGGCAGAUGUGCGGGGAGCCUGCAACUCUUCUCUACAGUGAGUUGGGAAGAGGUGGAGAUGAUGCCACUGCAUCAAUAUUGGGUAAAUCUAAAGAUGUUGCUGCUAUCGUGGUGCCAGUCUUAUUUCUUUUACUAGUGACAGUGGGUGUUGGGUUUGUGGUCUUGUACAUGAGGCAUCGAAGACUUCAAAAUAGCUUCACAGCCUUUGCCAACAGUCACUACAACUCCCGACUGGGGUCUGCCAUAUUCUCCUCUGGGGAUGAUUUAGGAGAUGAAGAUGAUGAAGCAGCAAUGAUCACAGGUUUUUCAGAUGACGUCCCCAUGGUAAUAGCAUGAAGAGCAUUUCUGAUUCCGGAAAGCAAAAAUGGUGUAAAUAUUUUAUUUGAUAAAGAAAAAAGUCAACUGUUUAUUUUAAAAACAAAACUAAAAAGCACUUUUGAGUUGCAAUACAUUAUUUUUGUAUCGGCUGAAAAAGAAAAAAGAAAUAAUGAUUACACUUUGUAGCACACCGCUAUGAAAUUUCAAAUCAGGUUGAUUAGUGAGAAUUUCUGUUGUUGGGUUUCUUUCAUUGUUCUUCUUUCCAAACUUCAAUUUAAUCUUACAAAGCUAUGCUUCCUGGGCACACUUUUGAUUCUGUGAGAUAUUUUCCAUUGUCAAUGACUUUGAUCCUCUGAGAACUUGUGGGUAGUUGGAAUCUGGGGACAUUUCUUCUGGCUUUGAAAGAAUAAGAUGAAAACAGAAGGGGCACUGGAGAGUCUGCCAUUAAGAGAAUCCUUCCUUGCAGUGUGCAUUAAUGAAAUGGUAUGGCAGGGCCUCAUCAAAUUCUCCAUUGCCCUGUGCUCCACAUCACUGAUUGUGAUGGGCACUGUGUGGGAUAAAAGUGAUUUCCAGUUUAAUUUUUUACCGGGAUAGACACACCCAGAUUGCACUGCAGAAACUUUUCCACCUUUUGAUGAGAAGUAAUGAGUCAAAUACAAGACUGAACAUUGUUAAAUGGUUGCCCACCCCAGUCAUAGGAUGCCAGUCCCUUAUUUCUAGCUGACCUCUGCAAACUGACUAGAUAGAGCUUAGAGGUUUGAAGGGAAUCCUGUCCUUUGAAUUGUUUGUGCAUCUUGCACCUUGUGUGGGAACACUGGGCUGAUUUUCUUCUUCUGUUCCUUGCGUGAUGAUUUAGAUUAUCACCUUUUGGAGGCAGACAACAUCUCUGGUUUUGGCCCACUUGAACGGAGAGCACGCUGCUGUGUCUUAGCGUCUGAUACGUAAUGCCUAAAAAUGCAAGGGGAGGAGAAGCAUGCUCUGAGGGUGUUCUGGGCCAGAGGUGGGCAACUCCUGAAGCCCUUCUCUAGGUUCUCUGGAAUCACCUCAGACCAAACAUUGGUGAUUCCCUGCAGUUUGGAUGCUGGAAAUAUAUGAGAACAGCAACGCAAACCCUAAAGCAGGAUUAUCACCGUUUGAAAAGAGAGAGCCAAAGUCCCAAACCUGAAAAAGCCUCAAAGAAAAUCCCAGGUAUGUGAUGGGCUCUGUUCUGUUUGUGACAUCUUUGCUCUCAAUGAGUCUCCAUCCCCUAAAGCAUUAAGCCUUUGGUCACCAACACCUUUCUACCUCUGGGGAACUUGACCUGAGCUGCUUACAAAGUGUCCUACGUGAAUGAAGUCAAGAUGAGGAGAAAGGGGACUGAAUAGGACAUUUUCCACUGGAGGAAGGCCAGGUCACAGAAGCCGAGAACAUGGAACAAUAUGACUAGCUUAGCUUCAGGGGUGGGGCUUUGAUUGUGAAGUCAUAAAUGCCAUCUUGACGUUUUUGUCCUCCCCUCUGGAUACCCUUACCUAGCUUAGUUUCCCAAUUCCCUGGGGCCUUCAUUUUUUGAAACCCUGCUGCUACAAACCCCUGUAAGUUUCAGGGGGCACUUGCUCAAAAUCUGCACCCCAGACUCAUGAAUUUACUUGCCUGAAAAAACACAGUUCUCUCAGGAUCAAUUUCAGCUAUCUUCAUGUUUCCUUUCUGUGUGUGUUUCUUUUUCCUAAGAAAAAAAAUUAUUUAAAAAAAAUAUUCAGGAAAUCUAUAAUUAUAUCUAUAUCUAUCUAUAAAGAGAGAGAGAAUAGUUCCUGAAGGUUUUAUGUUGACUGACAGGCAAAAAUUAUUUGUAUUAUGUUUUAUAUGAGGGGUGGGAGGUUGUUGAUUUGUUUGUUUUUUUGUUAUGGUUGAUUCAACUAAUUUAUUAGGAAAUCUGCUUUUGAUCAGAGUUCCAGAAUUCUCAGUCAUGCACACUAUUGUUGGGUAGCGAUAUGCCACUUUAAUCUUCUGCAAAACAGUCGGGUUGUUCUGUUUGUUUUCUGUCUCCUGUAAUUGAAUCAGGUAUUAUUGCCAUAGUAAAACACAAACACAGCCUAUUAUUUUUAUCUCUGAAUACUUUUUCAUGCUUUAUGAGAAAGUAAAAUAAAAAGGUCAGGCGGGUAGAAUGAAAGACUUACUAAGUUGUCAAACUGAGGGCUUAAAUGCUUUCUGCAGAUUACUUUGCACGUGUUCGUAGAUGCAAAAAAAGAAGAAAAAAAGGUACACCGAGUUUAUUUUGUUAUGUUUUUCCUAUUGCAUUGUCAUUGUCUGGAGUCUGUAGCCCCAAGGCCAUGCCAGCAUGCAAACAGGAUUUUAAGAAGUGGGAUUUUCUAUUUAUUGACACGGAAACAUCAGUACAAACAAUAUAUUGCUUUGUGUGAUGAUGAUGAUGAUGAUGAUGAUGAUGAUGGUGAUGAUGCCUUUGUAGACUCAAUGGCUCUCCAAAUGUCCUCAAGGAAUUUCUGGACUGGGACUAAAACUCUUCUGUGCUUUUGAGGCUCCAUAAAUGGUAUGACACUUUGGGGCCUUCCAAGACACUUAGAUUGUCCUUCAAACUUCUUUUCCUGAGUGCCUUGGCCCACCUUUCCUCUAUCACAGAUGAAGUUGGAAGAAAAGUAGGAAAAUAGAUGUUUACUGGAGGUGAGGCGUAUUAGAUCAGGAUAGGUAAUGUUUUGGAUUACAUCAUCUACAAUCCUUUGCUACCCUCUGUGGUUGCUGAGGCUGAUUGCAGUUGAAGUCCAGGACCCCUGGGCAAGGAAAACCAAAUUGCCUACUUCUGCCCUGAAUCUUCAGAUGUGUGUCAGAACCUCUCCAUGUUUUAGGCCUCAGAAGAGGACCAUAACUCUAUGCAGGUUAGGAUCUAGUAGCAUUGCCCGAGCAAAGUGGGCCUGGGGAUCAGAUGCCCAAAAUUGCCUUUUUUUUUUUUUCAUCCAGAGCUUUGAUUCAUAUUUCAAUACUUUGACCAGGAAUGGGCACUUCCCACAUUAGUUGCCUUCUGUUGAUGCCUUGAGUCCCCUCUCACAUGAGCUGAGAUCUCCUAAUUUCGAGGAACAGUGGGAGAAGCAAAACAAAAUUAAAAAAUGGCUCUCAGGUAGUGAACUAGCAACCCCAUUUAACUCAUUUUAAAUGCUGUUAAGUUGAUUGUGUGUUUGCUGUUACUUUCCCUUCAAAAUACAUGUUUUGAUUAAAGAAAAAUUGCUUAGAUGAAAAAUCUUGGUUGACUUGGGCUUUUCAGAAACGGUUUUCAUUAACAGCAUUUCUCCAACAGCAGCUAUGCAUGUAACCUCUGUAUUCACUAUAAUACAUUUGCUAGUUGGUUGAAACUGUGGAUAUGGUGUAACUAUGCAGAUUGGACUCCAAAGCCAAACUUCAACAGUUAUGAAUACCUGGUAAUUCUUGACUUGUUCCAGUGUUAGAAUGUGGAUUCCUCAAUACAAAAAUUAUCACAAAUAGCAUAAUAGCAGGUUCAGGAGUACAGUUUGCAGAUAAACAGAAUCGAGAAACAAUUCAUUUUAUACAACUAAGUGGGGCAGAGGUAGUUUCAGCUUUAAAUAAAUUGUAUAUUUUUGUGAUUGUUUUAUGCACAAAACCGUGCUGAAGCUUGUGUUUUUUAAUGUGUUCGUUGUAAAUAUAUCUGCACUGAUUUGU